GUCGCACAGUCGACGCGCCGCGCGCCGCGCACCGCCCGCGCACGUACAAGUGAACUGACUUUUUCUGCAUACUCAUAUAUAUAAGUAUACUUAAUAAUAGUGUCGGCCGCGUCAAGAAAAAAAUAACAUCGCAUCACCCGCAAAAAGCGUCGCGUUCAGUCCCGCGCUGGCGACACCACCGCGCACGUAAACACAAGAAGGCGUGAACUGCAAAGAGGAAAAAAAAGGAACGGCUAUAAGCAUAUAUACAUUCGAAUGACCGCAUCGUGUUCGCGAAUCGCGUUCUUGUAUACUUGGCGUUGUUCGCCGCGGCUGCAGAGACUGCAGUAUAGUAGACCGGAGCGAGACGGAAGAUAGUGUUGUACAUACGUGCCUGUGUUGGGAUACCUAUAUUAAAUAUAACGAGAUUAACGAGACAGCUGCAGUUUUCGUGCGACGGUUUACAUAUACAUAUAGUGAGAUUUAAUUGAUGCGACAUGUCGGAUCGGCAGUUCGUCGCGACCGACACCAUCGACGGGGUCUGGCCCUUCCUGCAGAGUAUUGACUGGAGGGACCCAUGGCUAGCGUUGCUGUUGACAUUUCACAUAGCUGUCACAAUGACAGCACUGAUGACGAGGAAUCACGCAAACUUCCAGAUUUUGUUGUUCCUUGUUCUCUUGUUGUUGGUUUAUUUCUCUGAGAGUAUCAAUGAAGUAGCUGCCACAAACUGGAUGGUUUUCUCGAGACAACAAUAUUUUGACUCCAAAGGGUUAUUUAUAUCAAUUGUAUUUUCUGUACCAAUUUUAAUGAACUGCAUGAUAAUGGUGGCAAGCUGGCUGUACCAAUCAAGUCAAUUAAUGACAAGCCUAAAAAGAGCUCAACUUCGUCAGCAAGCAAAAAAUAGACUGACAACAACACCUACCACAGAUGCAUCAAAUGGAACCAAUAACAUUUCCAGUCGUACUGAAAAGAAAAAGGAUUAAAGGGAACCAAGUUCUAGUCAGCCAUACACCAGAGAUACAUACAUUUUUCUCCAAAAAAUGUGCAACAAAGUGAUAUGAUCUAUGGAUUCAAGAAGAAUCGCAUUGAAGUUGCUUCGCAUUAGUAAUUGGCAAUCACAAAGCUUAAGCUUCUUCAGAAAGAAAAAACAAAAAAAAAUUGAAAUGCUCUGAAGGAACAUGCUGCAUUAGGACGGGGAAAACAGACUAGGUUUUGCUUUACUAGCAGUGCUUCGACAAAUAGUGAAAAUUAAAAAUCGAAUACUGCACUCCAACCAAACUGAGAGAGAAAAAAGAUUCCAAUAGUUAGUAUAUAACAAUUUGGUAAAUCUUUACAUGAGACACGUUCUUUUUUAAAUAGUAAGCCUCUUUUUUGGAAAGUCAUUUUCGCAAUAAUUCUAAAUAUAGUGCCGAGGCUAGCUACUAGAUAAAAUAUCGACUAAAUUAAUAAACCCAGAAGGAUAAAUUGUAUAUGCCUAUAUUACUACAAAUGAAUUACUAUUAUUGAUAUAUCAAGGCGAAUUGUUGUCAGACAACUAGUUAAAUUUAAAAAAAAGUCUUGAGAGAUCUGCAGUAACUAUUUUAAGCCUUUUAUGAAGUAUUGUCGCUGGUCAGCAAAACAGUCAACUGCUUUUCAUAUAAUUUUUAAUACAUUUACUAAGCUUAAGACUAAAAAUAAAAAAAAACGACUUUUUAUAGUUUUUCGUCAAUUUUCAAACAAAGCUUGAUACAUUUGUAUUAAUAUUUAAUAAGACAAGUAUUGAAAAUAACGCAUACUAGAUACAUCACUCUAUCUCAGAACAAUUAGGGAGAUUGCUCAAGAUAUCAAUUUACAUCAAUCAGAUGGAAUCUUUGCUUGAAUCUCUAUUGCUAUAAUUAAGUUUUAAGUAUAUUCAACUUUUCUUACUACGAGCUAUUACUGUAUCCGAAAUUCUAUCUGAAAUCCUAAAUUAUUCUUAGUUUGAAGAUACUAAUGCAAGUAUGAAAUUACACUGCAUAUCUCUCUUAGUGAAGCAAUGUAUUUGCAAUUGUGGUGAGAAAAUUUUUUAUUGAAUGUUGAGUGAUUUUCCUGCGGCUUUUCUCGUUCCAUUCAUUGGCUAAUAACAAAGAAUGCGAACGAACUUGAGGGUGCGAAGUAUGUACUUAUUGAAAUUUUAGAUCAUAACUCGUACUAUAUACGUUAUAUAUUUACUGCUUUUGCAUCGUUAUUAAUGUAUUGGAACGCUCGACAACAGUUACAAUAUUAAAACGCUAGGGUCUAUGAAAUCAAAGAUUUCGUAAGAUCAUAAUUAACUUGUUUAACAAGAGUGAGGCAGGUGCAUUUUUUCUUGCCUGAUAAUUCAUUCUUAUUCGAACAAUUACGUCAGUUAAUUAUUGUAUAAUAAAGUAUUUGUGCAAAAAAAUA